AUGGCAGAAUCAAGAACUCAACAUACCGCUACUACUGAUCAAUCGGUUGUUGUAUCGAAUUCAAUUGAUUCAUCAACAAAAGGGAACAUUUUGCAUGAGCCAAGUGAUGAAAUCAUUAAUAAAGUGAUCGAGCUCGGUCGGAUUAGUACGAAUAAACUCGAACAAUCUAUCGAUACAUACACGAUAAAAACGCCUGUUGUUAUUGUUUUAACGGCAAACAUCGAUCAAUCCGAUUUCGGUUUUCAGGACCUAAGUAAACAAUUACAAGAUAUUUCACCAUCAACUGAGUGGUACACAGAUCAAGAUCAAUGCAUUGAUUCUCUAACCAGUGCAAACGACAUUAAUGCUCUGCUAAUACUGUACAACUAUUCUUACGUAGACAUCAUUCCUCUCAUUAAUUUUAUCCCACAGAUUCAUGCGAUCUAUCUGUUUCACCAUAAUCGUCAUCAACUCAACAAUGAAAACUAUGCCGUCGGAACUUGGAACAAAAAAGUCAAAAGUGUAUAUCAUCAUAUUGAACAAAUGUGUUAUGCAAUCAAGCAAGAGUUCUGUCAAUUGUCUACUGAUUCGUCAUUUAGCUUUUCAUCGUCGAAUUCAAGUAUUUCGUUUGAUGAACUUGAUUCAUCAUUUAUGUACACACAGCUAUUCAAAGAAAUUUUGAUGGAACUGAAGUAUGACAAAAAGAAAGCCAAGGCGGUCUUUAUCAAAUACUGCCGAGAUCCAUCGACGAGUGUCGAUUUCAAAUCGAACGAUGUCGAUCAGUUUGAAAAGCAAUAUGACGAAAAUAAUGCCAUUUGGUGGUAUACAAAAGCUAAUUUCCUGUUUUUCAAUGUAAACAAAGCAUUGAGAAACCAGGACAUGAAAGUACUGAUGAAAAUGGCUUUCUUCCUUCAAGAUCUUCACAAUGAUAUCGAGAAGAGAUGCUUAGAAGAUAAUCAUCGAUCGAAGAUAACUGUUUACCGUGGGCAAGGUCUAUCAAGUAGAAAAUUCGAAGAAAUGAAGAAGAGUAAAGGUGCUCUCUUUUCAUUUAAUUGCUUCCUGUCAACGAGCAAGAAUCGACUUGUAGCCGAAAUGUUAGCUGAGAGCGUUCGAUCGCAGAAUGAUACGACAGGAAUUAUCUUCCAAAUAGAAAUCGACCCAAGAGUCUCUUCAGCUUCAUUCACAUCUGUAGAAAGGUUUGGCAAUUUUCCAGAAGAACAAGAGAUUUUGUUUUCCAUGCACAGCGUAUUUCGAAUAGGUGACAUGAAAGAAGUAGAAGAACGAUUGUGGCUAGUAAAGUUAACUGCAACAGAUAAAGAUGAUCCUGAUUUGCAGAAUCUCAGUGGUUUUCUAAAAAAAGAAGUCAGUUUUGCUGAGGGAUGGUCUCGAAUGGCUUUUUUAAUGCAAAGGAUAGGAAAUUUUGAUGGUGCUUUGGAAAUCUUUCGUGAUCUCUACGACGCUACUAAUGGCGACGAUCAGCCAUCACAAGUGAUACAGCGGAUAGUCAUCGGAGAGUCCAUAGUUAAAUCAUAUUUGAUUAAAGGAAAACAUGGUGCAGCACGCGUAUAUUAUGAGCUUUUACUUAACUUUUCGCUUCAACAUUUACCGGCUGGUGAUUUCUUAAUAGGUCUUCUUUACUUCAAAUAUGGAAUAACAUUUGCACAAACAGGAGAAUAUGCUGCGUCUCUUGAAAACUAUGUCAAAGCUUUAGAAAUCUACCAGAAACAUUUACCUCUUGACCAUCGCUUAUACAGUAUUGCAUACUAUUUCAUGGGCGCGAGUCAAUAUGAGAUGGGCGAUUUUCCAUCGGCUUUGACCAAUUAUCAGAAAGCGUUACAAAUUCUCGAAAAAUGCCUACCGCAUAAUCAUCCAGAUUUGGCUCAAAUAUAUACAAGCAUCGCUUCUGCAUACGAGUCACUUGGCGAAUAUUCAGUGGCAAUGCCUUACGCUGAAAAAGCACUGGAAAUACAAAAGAGAGUGCUUCCAUCGAGCCAUCCAAACCUGGGUAUAGCUUAUAACACAAUUGCCGUUUUGCAUCUCUCAAUGGGGAAUAAUAUCUUAGCACAUUCGAACUUAGAAAUAUCUCGUAACAUUUUAGAAAACUCCCAAUUCUCGAAUAAUCCAAUAAUGAUAAAAAUUUACACGAACAUUGGAGUUUUACAACACUCUCUUCGCAAUUAUCAAGAAGCACUUUCAUACUUCCAGAAAGCCCUUGCAAUCGUGAAUAAAUCUUUACCAUCUGAUCAUCUAAGUAUUGCUUCGUUACACGUCAAUAUUGGUAUGAUUAAAAGUGAAAUGAGUGAUUUUUCGUCUGCAGUCGAAUAUUUGGAGAAAGCGCUGGAAAUAUAUAAAGAACCAGAUUUAGUGGAUCAUUGGGAAUUUGGGAGAGCGCAUCUCAUCAUGGGUUCUGUUCACCAAAGAAAAGCUGACACAUACCGAGAGCUUGGUUUAGUACAGCAAUCAUUGGGAAAUUUUUCAUCUGCACUAUGUCACUACGAAGAAGCAGUCCGAAUUCAAAAGCAAAGUCUUGGAGAUCAUCAUCCAGACUUGCUUCCUACUUACGCAUGCAUUAUGCUCUUGAAGGGACUAAGCGGUGAUCUUAGCGGAACGAUGGCUAUCAAUCAAAAUAUACUUCAAAUAAAACGAGCUACGGCUGCUUUGAACAACACAUCUGCUGAUUACGAAAAUAACGUUAUGAAACGCACGAUUGAUCUAUUACAACAACAAUAUCCCACCGUAAUUCAAGACUGUCAAAACCUUGAUGUAUAUAUGAAAAACUACGGAGCACAAAAUUCCUUUCAAAAUGAUCUCGAUGAUCGAACAGAAACCGAUCUAUGCGAUAUAAUGAAUUCCACUUGUCGAAUCAACAAGAUAAUCGGACAACAGAUAAAAUUCGAAUCCGAAUUAGAAUUGGAUAUUGACCUGUCGCCUUGGACUAAUAGGAGUGAUGUACAAUUGUUGUCUAAUAUAUGCAUGAGGCAAAAUAAACAGGAUGAACUGUUCAUUGCAAAACUGCAAAAGUAUCAUCUAGCAUCGCAAAAUUCACCAAAUGAUGAAUCAGAAGCGGUUCAUUUCAAUGAUUUAAAAGAGUAUGUACUGCAAUCUUGUGCCUCAUCUAUAGAUUUACUCGACACUUUCCGAAGACUUCUUCCUCCGAAUGAUAUAUCGUUGGCUAUGCAAUAUAACCAAGUGCGUGAUAUGCUUUUACGAAGUCAUCCUGUCAAUCAUCAAUAUCUAGCAUAUACAUACAAUUCUACAGCCUUCGCUCUUUAUGCCAUGGAACGUUACCCAGAGGCAUUCGACUGUGCAAGGGAGUCAGUCACAUCUGCAAUCCUAGCUUUUGGACCUGAUCAUCCGCAAAGCUUAGCUUACGAAAAUCGACUGGAUAUAAUAAUACAAAAACUUUCAUCCUAA